AUGAGCUUCGUCACCCGCCGUGCGCUCUCUACCCUUAUCCCCCCAAGCCAAAAUCCCGUCUCGGAUCAUACGGACACGACAACAACGAAAUGGAGAGGACUAGAAUCAAAGCAACACGAGCAGGAAGACCGGAUCGACAGCAAGGGAGGGAAUGUGAAGGAGCAGGAUGAUGCGAUUGGCGGCGAUUUACAGAACGAGGAGGCCAUUGGCGCUGCCCCCGAUGCUGUCGUCAUGAAGCGCGUCGUCUCGUUCUACGAGAAGCUUCCCCGCGGCCCCGCUCCCGAGAUCAAGCCCCAGGGCUUCUGGGGCAAGUACCAGGCCAAGCACUUUGGCAAGAACCCUUCGGCUAAGCGUACGUCUACCACCAUCUACAUGCUGUCCCGGUCCGAGAAAAAGCCUGGCAAAGCCAUCGUUCACGCCAUUGUCGGUCUUCUGAUCGUCGGUUAUGCUCAGAACUACUACUUCCACCUCCGCCACCACAAGAACCACGCUCACUAA